CGACCGAUCGGUAGACACCGAGCCGCACUAAGGCCAGUAUAUCGCGGUGUACCAGCGUGUAAAGACCUACCCAUCAUCGACCAUUAACCCUCGGGUGUCGAUGCUGUCAAGUGGCACUUGACUCCGGUUGGAAGGUUGCAGUCCGGGCAGAAGAAGAAGAAUACGUACACAGCAACAGGGAAGAAACGAUUUUCCCUCAACAAUUCGAAACUACUCGAAGGCUUCCAUAAAGUGUUGUGGAAGUUGUGUUUUAAAAAAAUCUGUGCGUGAGCGAGUGAUCCUUACCGUGUGCGUGAAGUUAAGAUAUCAGCAAAGAUCUUCCAAUCUAAAUCAUCCGCCUCCCAAAAAAAAAACCGAAAAAAGCUUUAGAACCCUUAGACAAGUUCGAUCCGUCCCCUGCCGAAGUACAGUAGCAAUCCCACCGGACAAGCGAAAGGGGCGCAAGCAGAUUAAGUUUCGAACGUUCGGUUUUGUUUCCAAAUUUUUCGCUUAGUUCCCGAGUCGACCUUCCCUCCCGCCAUAGGGUGUACGGCCAACCGAGUUGGUUUGAAGCUCACUUAAUUUUAGAAAUGGUUGUGAACUAGUUGUUAACCUUCCCUGCAGAAAUUAGUAAAGCGCCGGAGGUCUUUAAGUGUCCAAAGAAAAAAAAAACGGACAAUCAAAGUAAUAGUAGAGCAGCUAAGUCACUUAUCCAUCAACCCGCUUUCGGCAGCUCCUAGUAGUAUUUCACCUUUAAGCAGUUAACAAACACUCUAGUGAUAGCAAAAAACAAAGCGUUUGUGUGCGUGUUUGUGUAUAAAAGUUCGUGUAAAAGUGAGUGUGUGUGUGUGCGUGAUUGUGAAGGUAUCGUCCGCGUCAGUGAAUUACGCCGCUUUAUCCUGCGUGUGCGGUGUACUACCAUAGUCUACUUUUAGGCGCUAAAGAGAGCAGUCGACUACCCACACACUAUUCUUCACGGUGAUCAGGUCGUCAGCAAGGCAUUCGGUACAUUAAAGUGUGGAUAAUCAGCAAAAUCAAUAAACAAAACAUGUCCCGGUGGUUAAGGAAGGAUUUCCGUUCGAUACACUGAACCGACCGGCCACCCAUUCGGAAACGGAUCUCUCCCACGUGUCGGUGCUGUUGUCGGUGCAGUGAAGUGUGUUUCUUCGUACGUGUGCGUAUUCGCUCGGGUGGUGAAAGCGGGAGCGAUACCGGUGAGGUGAAGUGUGCGAGUGUAUUUGUGAUGUGUCGUGUCGUGGUCGGUGGAAAACAUCCCUCCCAGCACCAGCGGGCACCAACCGGCAGCUGACUGACUGAGACACGGAGUGAAAACAUUGCCGAGCCGAUUUAUUUGAGCAGCAGCAGCAGGAGUUUUGUGCUGUGAGUGUUGGGGCGGAAUUUGGGAACAUCGAGCUGCCCGGUCGCUUUGAUCGCAAGCCAGCGUGUCCGGAAACGAGUGAAACGAGCCACCCGACGGUACGAUGAGCGGCUAUCAGCAACAAGGAAAAUCGCGCCACUAUCCGAGAUACUCGCUCAACAGCUCGGACAACGAGGAUAGCCCAAUCCACCGGUCAAUCUACGCCCAACCGUACAACGCCAUCGGCACCGCUGAAAGACAAUCAAAUUUCACUUAUCGCUCCGCCAAGGGCAACGCACAGGCCGCACCACCGGUGGCCGCGGUCAAUCCACUCAACACCCUCAACACACCAUCGUCCGAGAACGGGUCCAGUGCGACGCUAACGGACGCGGAAGCUUCACUCGCCAGGGAAAAUACGCUGCUCGUAAAUAACGGCUGUCUCCUGGACGGAGUUCCGCCUUCAGCUCCACCGGAUGUACCACCGCGCAAUCCAACCAUGAAUCGAAUGAAUGGACGCGUCACCGGCAAUCCUACCGAGCUGGGUGUAGACUUCGAACCAUCGUGUCUGGUCCGGACACCGUCCGGCAACGUUUACAUUCCGAGCGGAAAUCUAGCAAUUAACAACAAAGGAUCACCGAUAGACUACAAAACCGGGUCCGCCUGCUCGACACCGACGAAGGACACGCUGAAAAGCUACGAUCGCAACUGCAUGGGUCCGGUACUGCCGCCCCGCAGCACCAUGUGCGGUCCGCCGGCGCACCACUACUCGGCGCCACUCAACUUCCGCAAGGGCUUCACCUUCACCAAAUGUACAUGGAAGUGUACGGCUAUCUUAGUGAUACUAUUAAGUGUUAUACUCGUUAUAACAUUAUUAUUAACAGCAUCUAACGUAUUAAGUAUAUCAUAUCCAACCACCAACCCCUGUACAGUUCUAGUCGAUGAGAAGGCAGAAAUCUCCGCAGCCAAAAGCACGAUAGCGGACGCGAACCGGGCCGGCAUACCGGGUGGCGGUGGCGACGGUCUCGGUAUCGAUCAGUCCUCCCUAUCGCAAUCCGGCGCUUCCGGUCGGCCGAAACCUAUCGCAGCGGACGAAUCGUCCCCGGCGUCGUCGGCAGCGUCCGGUGCGGGUACGGCCGGCGGCUCAUCCUCGCUGUCGGCUGCGUCCACGGCAGCCACCGGCAAGGCAGGCCCCGGUGCGGCAACAGGCACAGGUGCACGAACAUUCCCAGCACGAAGCUUCCCACCGGACGGUACCACCUUCUCGCAGAUUACGCUCGGCCAGCGGCUGUCGAAGGAGAUCCCACCGUACAGCUACUGGAACAUGCAGUUCUACCAGUCGGAACCGGCGUACGUCAAGUUCGAUUACAGCAUCCCCCGAGGCGCAUCGAUAGGUGUUUACGCGCGCCGUAACGCCCUGCCGACCCACACGCAGUAUCACUUCAAAGAGGUCCUGAGCGGAUUCAAUGCGCGCCAGACACGUGCCACUCAUCCAUCGAUGCGUCGUGAGGUCACUCGCUACAUGGAGCCGGGCCAUUGGUUCCUGUCCAUCUACAACGAUGACGGCGAUGCACAGGAGAUUGCGUUCUACGCGGUAGUCGCCGAGGAUAUGACCCAGAACUGUCCGAACGGAUGCUCCGGUAAUGGUCAGUGUUUGCUAGGACACUGUCAGUGUAAUCCUGGUUUCGGUGGCGACGACUGCAGCGAGAGUGUCUGUCCCGUGCUCUGCUCCCAGCGAGGUGAAUACAUUAACGGCGAGUGUCAGUGCAAUCCGGGCUGGAAGGGCAAGGAGUGCUCCCUGCGACACGACGAGUGUGAAGUUCCGGACUGUAAUGGACAUGGACACUGUGUCAGCGGCAAGUGUGCAUGCGUCCGUGGCUACAAGGGCAAAUACUGUGAAGAAGUUGACUGCCCGCACCCGACCUGUACCGGACAUGGAUUCUGUGCCGAAGGUACCUGCAUCUGCAAGAAGGGCUGGAAGGGUCCGGACUGUGCCACCAUGGACCAGGAUGCUCUUCAGUGUCUUCCCGACUGUUCCGGCCACGGUACGUUCGAUCUGGACUCACAAACCUGCACCUGCGAACCAAAGUGGAGUGGUGAGGACUGUUCGAAGGAGCUGUGUGAUCUGAACUGUGGACAGCAUGGACGAUGCGUUGGCGAGACUUGCAGCUGUGAUGCUGGCUGGGGUGGUGAAUACUGCAACAAUAAGCUGUGCGAUCCACGCUGCAACGAGCAUGGACAGUGCAAGAAUGGGACGUGUCUUUGUGUUACUGGAUGGAACGGGAAACACUGCACACUGGAAGGAUGUCCUAAUGGCUGUUCCCAGCAUGGUCAGUGUCACGUGAGCGGAGAGCUGAUGUGGGAAUGCCGCUGCUACGAAGGCUGGGACGGCGUGGACUGUUCGGUACCGCUCGAACAAAACUGUGGUGACAAUAAGGAUAACGAUCGCGAUGGUCUUGUGGACUGCGAAGACCCGGAAUGCUGUGGCAGUCACUCGUGCAAAACGAGCCAACUGUGCGUUUCGGCCCCGAAACCGAUCGAUGUACUGCUGCGCAAGCAGCCGCCCGCCAUUACGGCCUCAUUCUUCGAACGCAUGAAGUUCCUGAUCGAUGAGGGCAGCCUGCAGAACUACGCCAAGCUGGAAACGUUCAACGAAAGCGUUUUUUGGAAUCAUUUUAAUGCAAGCCGAUCGGCAGUGAUACGCGGACGUGUCGUUACCUCACUCAACAUGGGUUUGGUAGGCGUGCGCGUCAGCACUUCGACACCCCUGGAAGGCUUCACCCUGACCCGUGACGAUGGAUGGUUCGAUCUGAUGGUGAACGGUGGCGGUGCAAUAACGCUCCAGUUUGGCCGUUCGCCGUUCCGACCGCAGACACGCAUCGUGCAGGUGCCCUGGAAUGAGGUUGUGAUCAUCGACACGGUUGUGAUGUCUACGUCGGACGAUAAGUCACAUCAUGGAGCACCGCACACGUGCUUCUCGCACGAUUACGAUCUCAUGAAACCGGUCGUGUUGGCAACGUGGAAGCAUGGGUUCCAGGGUGCCUGUCCGGAUCGUAGCGCCAUUCUGGCGGAAUCGCAAGUCAUCCAGGAAUCGCUCGCCAUCCCCGGCACUGGUCUUAAUCUCGUGUACCACAGUUCCCGUGCAGCGGGCUAUCUAUCGACGAUCAAGCUGCAGCUAACACCGGACACGAUCCCGCCAACGCUGAAGCUUAUCUAUCUGCGCAUCACGAUCGAGGGUAUACUUUUCGAGCGUGUGUUUGAGGCGGAUCCAGGCAUCAAGUUCACGUACCCAUGGAACCGGCUCAACAUUUACCGGCAGCGUGUGUACGGCAUUACGACAGCGGUGGUGAAGGUGGGCUACCAGUACACCGACUGCAAGGAUAUCGUUUGGGACGUGCAGACGACGAAGCUGAGCGGACAUGAUAUGAGCAUCUCGGAGGUUGGUGGAUGGAACUUGGAUAUCCACCAUCGGUACAACUUCCACGAAGGUAUCCUGCAGAAGGGCGAUGGUUCGAACAUCUAUCUGAAGCACAAGCCGCGCGUCAUCCUAACUGCGAUGGGCGAUGGACAUCAGCGUCCGUUGGAGUGUGGUGAUUGUAAUGGGAUUGCGACCAAGCAGCGAUUGCUCGCACCGGUGGCUCUUGCGGCAGCUCCUGAUGGUAGCCUAUACGUUGGGGACUUCAACUACAUCCGAAGGAUCAUGAUCGACGGAACGGUCCGCACGGUGGUGAAGCUUAACGCAACGAGAGUCUCCUAUCGCUAUCAUAUGGCACUAAGCCCGCUGGAUGGGUCUCUGUACGUAUCCGACCCCGAAUCGCAUCAGAUCAUCAAGGUACGCAACAAGGAUGAUACGCACGAUCCCGAUCACAACUGGGAACCGGUUGUGGGUAGCGGUGAACGUUGUCUUCCAGGUGAUGAGGCUCACUGCGGUGAUGGAGGAUUGGCACGUGAUGCCAAGCUUGCCUAUCCGAAGGGGGUUGCCAUCUCUUCCGACAAUAUCCUGUACUUUGCUGACGGAACGAACAUUCGCAUGGUGGAUCGGGAUGGCGUUAUCAGCACACUGAUCGGGAAUCAUAUGCACAAGUCGCACUGGAAGCCGGUCCCGUGCGAAGGAACGCUGAAGAUCGAGGAGAUGCAUCUUCGUUGGCCGACGGAGCUGACCAUCAACCCACUGGACGAUACUCUGCAUAUAAUCGACGACCACAUGAUCCUUCGCAUGACACCUGACGGACGUGUGAGAGUUAUUGCCGGAAGGCCUAUGCACUGUGCAACUGCUGGAAGUGGAACAGGAACCGGUUUGAGCACGGGCGUAAGUGGAAGUGUGUCUACGUCUCUCAACUACGAUACGGAUCUUGCCAUUCACGCGACACUGGUGAUGCCCCAGAGCAUCGCUUUCGCUCCAUCGGGUGAUCUGUACGUGGCUGAGAGUGAUUCGCAGCGCAUCAAUCGUAUUCGAGUGAUUGGAACCGAUGGAAAGAUUGCCCCGUAUGCUGGCGCUGAAUCGAAGUGUAACUGUCUCGAGCGUGGAUGUGAUUGUUACGAAGCAGAUCACUAUCUGGCGAUCAGUGCGAAGUUCAACACGAUCUCUGCUAUCACUGUGACUCCGGAUGGUCACGUGCACAUCGCUGAUCAGGCCAACUAUCGCAUCCGCUCGGUGAUAUCGAGCCUGCCGGAAGCUGGCACCUCGAAGGAGUACGAAAUCUACGCCCCGAAUGCACAGGAGAUCUAUGUGUUUAACCGCUUUGGACAGCAUAUUGCCACCAAGAACAUCAUGACUGGGGAAACGGUGUAUAGCUUCCUUUACAACGUUAACACAUCGAACGGAAAACUGAGUACGGUGACGGAUGCGGCAGGCAAUAAGGUGUUCCUGCUGCGUGAUUACACCUCGCAGGUGAACUCGAUCGAGAACACGAAGGGUCAGAAGUGUCGGUUGAGGAUGACACGCAUGAAGAUGCUGCAUGAGCUGAACACUCCGGACAACUAUAAUGUGACGUUCGAGUAUCACGGACCGACGGGACUGCUGAAGACAAAGCUCGACUCCACCGGACGCUCGUACGUGUACAACUACGAUGAGUUUGGACGGCUGACAUCGGCCGUCACACCAACGGGCAAGGUGAUCGAUCUUACGUUUGAUCUGAGCGUGCAGGGAGCUACUGUGAAGGUGACGGAGAACUCGCAACGUGAAGUAUCCAUGCUGAUCCAGGGAUCGUCAGUUGUCUCAAAGGUCGGAGAAGCCGCCACCAAGACGACGGUUCUUCUCGACGGUGGUACCACAAGUGUAUCUCCAUGGGGCAACGCAGUUUCUGUGGAGUCCGUUCCCUAUGUGCUCCUGGCGGAAGUUGACCCCUUGCUAGGUGAAAGCUAUCCAGUCCCGUCGAAACAACGCACAGAGAUCAAUGGCGAUUUGUCGAACCGAUUCGAAUGGCGUUACUUCAUCCGACAUGUCCCCGUGCGGGGUAAGAAUGCUCGCACUUUGACUCAGGUCGGUAGAAAGCUUCGCGUAAAUGGUGAAAAUCUGCUGACGUUCGAGUAUGAGAAGGAUACGUCCUCCAUCACCGUCUCGGUGGACGAUAAGACUGAGCUGUUGAAUGUGACGUACGAUAAAUCUUCGCGCCCGAUCGCCUACCGUCCACAGUCGGGCGAGUACGCCGAUGUUGAUCUCGAGUACGAUCGGUUCGGACGACUGAUAUCGUGGAAGUGGGGCAAUCUGAAGGAGGAAUACACGUUCGAUCGGGCUGGCCGACUGAACGAGAUCAAGUACGGUGAUGGUAGCUCAAUCGUGUACGCGUUUAAGGACACGUUCAGUAGUCUUCCACUGAAGGUGACAACACCAAGGCGAUCAGAUUAUCUGCUCCAGUACGAUGAUGCUGGUGCGUUACAGUCGCUCACUACUCCACGUGGACACAUCCAUGCGUUCUCGCUACAAACGUCGCUCGGAUUCUUCAAGUACCAAUACUACUCACCGAUCAAUCGCCAUCCGUUCGAGAUCCUGUACAGCGAUGAGGGACAGAUUCUGGCCAAGAUUCAUCCGCACCAGAGUGGCAAGGUAGCGUUCGUGCAUGACAGUGCUGGCCGACUGGAGACGGUUCUCGCGGGACUUUCGUCCACCCAGUAUACCUACCAGGAAAGUACGAGUCUGGUGAAGCAGGUGGAGGUGCUCGAGCCUGGAUUUGAGUUGCGUCGCGAGUUCAAGUAUCACGCCGGCGUUUUGAAGGACGAGAAGCUCAAGUUCGGUUCCAAGAGUGGGCUAGCGUCGGCUCACUUCAAGUACCAGUACGAUGGUAAUGCGCGGCUUAGUGGUAUCGAGAUGGAUGUGAAUGGUAAGGAGCUCCCGAUCGUUCGCUUCAAGUACGGACCGGCUCAGGGAACGCUGGAUGCAGUGAGUGAUCUCCGGAUCACGCGAAACGCGUUCAACCGUACAGUCGUCCAGGACACUUCCAAGCAAUUCUUCACCAUCACCGAUUUCGAUGAGCAUGGCCGUGUGAAGAGUGUGCUGAUCAACAUCAAAUCGUUUGAUGUGUACAGGUUGGAGCUUGACUACGAUCUGCGCAACCGGAUCCGAACUCACAAGGUUAUGGUUGGUCGCUCGACAUCCCUCGACAAGGUGAACUACAACGCGGAUGGACAUGUGAUGGAGGUUGUUGGAACGAACAGCUGGAAGUAUGUGUACGAUGAGAAUGGAAACAUUAUCGGAAUUCUGGAGCAAGGUGACAAGACGAAUCUCGGAUACGAUACGGGUGAUCGUGUGGUACAGGUGGGCGAUGUUGAGUUCAACAGCUACGAUGCUCGUGGAUACGUGGUACGACGAGGUGAGCAGAAGUAUCGCUACAACAAUCGCGGCCAAUUGAUACACGCAAUGGAGCGCGAUCGGUUCCAGACCUGGUACUUCUACGACGAUCUCGGUCGACUAGUCGCAUGCCACGAUGAGAAGGGUAACGUGACACAGUACUUCUACGCCAAUCUGAACGCACCGGAGCUGAUCACCCACAUCCACUACCCGAAGGCUGGACGAACUUCGCGACUGUUGUACGACGAUCGUCAUAUGCUGAUCGCGAUCGAAACUGGCGAGCAGCGUUACUACGUGGCGACGGAUCAGAACGGUUCACCGAUUGCGCUGUUCGACAUUGGUGGUGCAAUUGUGAAGGAGAUCCGGCGAACUCCGUUCGGUAAAAUCGUGAAGGAUACCAACCCGGGACUGUUUGUGCCGAUCGAUUUCCACGGUGGAUUGCUCGACCCGAACACGCGCCUAGUGUACAUGGAGCAGCGGCUGUACGAUACGGGUGUGGGGCAGUGGAUGACACCGGCCUGGGAACAGCUUGCAACGGAGAUGCGCCAUCCAACGGAUGUGUUCAUCUAUCGCUUCCACAACAACGAUCCUAUCAACCGACGUGAACCGGAGGGUAACUACAUGAACGAUCUUCGCUCCUGGUUGAAGCUGUUCGGAUACGACGUUACGAAGAUGCAAGGAUCUCGCUACACGCGUGACAUGAUCUACAGGCCAACGGCGACGAUCAAGUCACCGCAGCUAGCACCCGACUUUGGCGUAAUGUCCGGCCUUCAAUGCAUCGUGGAGAAGGUUGAUGAGAAGUUUGCCGACUUUGGAUUCAUCCCCAAGCCACUGCUGAAGAUGGAGCUGAAAACACGCAAUCUGCUCCCGCGUGUCGCUUACCGUCGGGGUGUGUUCGGCGAAGGUGUUCUGAUCUCCCGAAUCGAUGGACGAGCGUUGGUCAGCGUGGUUGACGGAUCGAACAGUGUCGUUCAGGAUGUCGUUUCGUCCGUGUUCAACAACUCGCACUUCCUGGAUCUCCACUUCAGCAUCCACGAUCAGGAUGUGUUCUACUUCGUGAAGGACAACGUGAUGAAGCUGCGCGACGAUACGGAGGAGCUCCGACGACUUGGCGGUAUGUUCAACAUCUCCGCACACGAAAUCAACGAUCACGGUGGAGCGAAUGGAAAGGAACUGCGUCUCCACGGUCCGGAUGCGGUCGUCAUCAUCAAGUACGGAGUUGAUCCCGAACAGGAACGUCACCGCAUUCUGAAGCACGCACACAAGCGCGCUGUCGAGCGAGCCUGGGAGCUGGAGAAGCAGCUCGUUGCGGCCGGGUUCCAGGGUCGUGGCGAUUGGACCGAAGAGGAAAAGGAAGAACUCAUCUCGCACGGUGACGUCGAUGGGUGGAUCGGCGUUGAUAUCCACAGCAUCCACAAGUAUCCGCAGCUGGCGGACGAUCCGGGCAACGUUGCGUUCCAGCGUGACUCGAAGCGCAAACGUCGGAAGAGUGGUGGAACUUCGAGUGGAGGCGGCGGCGGAAGUCACAAGGCCAAGCGAGAGCAUCGUCACGAGACGAUAAUCCUGCCGCUGCCGGUGGCAUCAGUUGCACCUUCCACCUCCGUUCCAACGUCUUCGGUGUCUUCCGCGACAUCAACUUCUGCGUCGGCCGCAUCGUCAACGUCGUCGUCGUCAUCAUCGUCCCCAACUUCACCAUCGUCCUCGGUGCCAUCCUCGGUUCCAGCCGUCGUAGUCACUGCAUCGGCAGCCACGGUACGACCGAGCACUACGACGUGAAGCAGGCACUCGGUACGAGACGAUCGAGCGUAGUUGGACGAUGUUCUAGAUAUUGUGAUAUACAUAGGAGUUACUUUCCUUCCGCGCGUACCUAUUUUGCGUUCCGUCAGUGUUGUUUUCCUCCUUCCCGAGAUAUUUUGUAAGCCGAACCAACCCGUUGUGAAGGUAGUUGAACGAACAAAUCAAAAGCCCGCAUUAGGCGUUGACUAUGGAAGACCUGGGCAGGCAUUUUGUUUGUGUGUUUCCAAUGGAAAAAGAGGUCGCUGUUGAUGAGAUAUUGAUGUCCAUGGUAUUAUUGACGGUCGGGACUUACUCAUACAAAACGCAUACACUCACUGAGCACGUCAUAAAGAUGCACGAACUCCGAUCACACUCCAGAUUGCUUUUAGGAAAAACGUAUCUAAGGCGCAUCAACAUCAUCCUCCCCAAAACACCCCCUCCAUGACAAGUAGUUAUACACACACAUAUAUAUAUAUUAGCGGCAAUGAAGUGACGUGGAAGUGUAUAGUUGUAGGUAAUUAGCACUGUGGUGUAGGUAAUAUAGUAGCGGACACUAGGGCACACGUGUGUUUGUAUUCGAUGGCGUCGUUGCAGUGCCAUUCAAAGCUCGAUCCAGGUUAUCGUUUUUCGCGUGUGUGUCACACCCUGAAGGAUGUUGACGAAUCUCCUUGUUUUAAAGCAGGAAAACUCCACUAAACAGUAGAAGAUUUUAAAAUGUGAGUGAAGCAGAUUUUAUUUUCUGUUCUGCACUUGUGUAGGGCAGGGUUACUCUCUCCGACCGUCGUAGGGAUGCAUCUGGAAGAUUGUGACGCACCAACAGUACAGUUUAGCCGUGCCAUAAUCGUACCCGAAUUCAACCGAACAACGUGACUAGUAUUGCGUGCGUUACGGGUUUUUCAGAUGUACCCAAUUGCGUUACACCGGAGAGUUGGUGGCUCAGCUCAGCCACAAAAGGAUUGUACAGACCAUAGGCAUAAUUAUAGAGACAGGAGCUUCUGAACUUCGUUUUUUAAAAUGCCGGCGGUAUAUAAUAGCUGUCUAAUAACACACACACAAACACACCACAAACAAUACAAAUGCUGCAAGCUUUUCCCAGCUUUACUGUCCCACUUCCUUCUAUUUUAGUUAGAUGAACACACAGAGGCAGACACACCUAGUAGCGUUUUUUCGCCAAAACCCACCAAAUAAUAGAUCGCAAAAGGAGUACAGAACAGACACGCUAAAACGUAAACAGAUACCGAUUACAAAAUACCACUCAAAUGGUUGAUAAGAGAGAAAGGGUUUUUUGCAUCGAUUGUGAGUAGAUAAACAAAGCAACACACACCCAUACAGACAUUCUUUGGCUUCUACAGGGUAUUUGUAACAGUGAGCAAAACAAGCAAACAAACAAUUUGCAUGUACAACCAGAACAGCAGUAAAAUAAAACCAAAAACACACAGAUAGAGAGACGCAUAGUUGAAAUAUGUAAAACAGCAAACAAUAUUAAAGUAAAAAAUGGGAAAAUCUGAGAACAAAAUAGGAAGGAAAAGAAAGAGGUUAAACAAACCCAUUAAAUAGAUAUAAAAGUGGUAGAAUGUGCAAAAACGCGAGCGGUGGAAAACCGAACAUGAAUCUUAAACAAAAUUGGAAGUUUAUAGCGAAAACAAUACACAAACACUCUCGACAAAUGACGUGCAUGAGACAGGCGUAAAAUCACAUGCAACAAAAGGAGGAUUUGUUUUCCGUUUGCGUUUGAAUCAAUGUUUUCUCUCUGUCACAUUGUUUUAUGGUUCUGUGAGAUGCAUAUCCAAUAGAGAACGUACUUUUACUUCUGGCCCUCGUAGUGUGCUCUGUGGAAGUUCUUGUGUGUCUUGACCCUUCUGUGUAUAUGAAAGCGGUAGUAGGAAAGUGAUCGUGAAUUUAGUUGACGAGCAAGUUGACAGCCAUGGACGUGGUGAAAACGAUUUUCCUGUGAGUGAGUACCGUUCAUGGUGUGAAUGUGUAAGUGUAUGUGUGAGUGUAAUAGAAAAAACAAAUUUGCAAUCCUAGACAACAGAACUGACUGUACAUCCGGGCGGGCGGGAUCGAUCGAGCUCGAAUAAGAGGAUGCUUGUUUCCCGCUCCAUACACACAAAAAGCAAACCCCCCUUAAAGUGUAGAUUGUAAUGAGCAACAAAAAAAAAAACUCGAGAGAAAACAACUAGCGGGAACUGGAAGUAGGAUGCGGGCCGGAUAGGAUUAGUCUUAUAGACAAGGCGCGAGCGGGGACUGGUUUUUUUUUGUGGGCAAGGCAGGAAAUAAAAUGUAAGCGCAAACUCUACUAUCUAAUAGAUCGGCGUACCGACCGACCGGUUGAAUGAUGAAAUCUUAAAAGCAAUAUGAAGAGCGAGUGGACGAAUGGAUGCGAUUGCAUACGGGCGAACAACCCUGCAAUGUAGUGUUGUACUAAGCAAAAAGCAAAACAAAUAUUACAACAAACAAAAAACCAUUUGGAUAAACGGAUGAGUGAGUGUCACGGCAAACCGAUGGCGGAUAAAAUAUCGAUUGUAAACGUUGUGAAGCUGUAGCUGCUAUUUGUUUCGUUUCCCUUUCUUUUGUUUUUCUCACUCAAAUGAAACAAAAAAUAUCUUCCAUCAUGCCCCUUUGUAAAUCGUUCGACAAGAGAAGCAGGUAGGGAAAAUGUGAUUGGAAAUCGUUUCUUCUCAAAUCUCAUUUGCAUGAUUUUGUGCAAUCAAAACGACGAGCAACAAAAGGAAGGAAUAGAACAGAUUAAAAAAAACAGUUGAAGAAAACGGAAGCGUGACAAGUAGAGUAACUAAUAAGAGCAAACAAAUUAGAGUUGGCAGACAGCGAGAGAGAGAGAGAAAGAGAGAAAGAGAGAGAGUCUUUCGAGUUUCGUUUGUGUUAAGUUUUAAGUUCAUCCUAGAACGAAUGUAUCGAGGUUCUCUCUACUAGGUCGUCCUUCCCGUCAUCACCAAGUCACCCUUCUGUCUGAAACCAUAAGAUAUGGAAACGAAGGGAGAAAAUUGGAAGGAGAAUAGGGGUAGCAUAGCGCGGUCGGGCAUGCAUGUAAAACUUUGUAAAUAGAUUGUUUAGUAAUAACAAAAUGAAAACAUUACAACAACAAAACAAAACAAAAACUCGACGAAGAGCUAGAAAAAAAGAAUGCUGAAAAGUGAAAAUGUGUAAAGAAAUGAGUGAAAAGAGAAGAAGAAGAAGAAAACACAUAGGAACGAAACCGAAAACGUCCCCAGCAUAAACGAAUAAAACACACUGAGGAAAGCGCAAAAAACAAGUGGAUAAACAACAGUUGCAAAAAGGCACAUGAUAAUGAUGCAUGUAUCUUUUUCCUUUUUUAAAAAACGAAACCCCAAACGGAACACGAUGUGAAUAGGAUCCUAUUUUAGCCCCGUUCUAUUCCGUUCGGUUGACACAUCACCCAAACCCAAUCACAUUGGAGCCGUUGAAGAGGGUCAUGCAACAACACUUGAGGAUGACUUUUUUUGCUUUUGUAAAUAAACCAAAAACUAAUGAUAAAUGCAAUACUUUGCGUUCCCGUGACGGGGAUGAGAAUGAUAAGCAAGUGAGAAGAAGCAAAACAUAUAUAAGAAAAAUGUGAAAGUCAACAAAAGAAUUGGCAACUGAAGAAGAUAAGAAUAAGGAAGAGAGAAAGAAAAGAAAAUCGAGUGCAGUAGUUGUAGAAAGAUUACAAGAAAAAAAAGAACCCGAACUUUAGAACAAGCGAAAGCCCCCCCCACUUCCUUCCCCAUAAUCAGGUGAUGAACCGGGGCUGGGAUUUUGUUGUACCCCCUUCUGGCACAGUACUACUUGGCAACUUGGUAGUAGUGGCAAAAGGACAAAAAAAAAGCAUUGGACGACCUUAGAAGGAAAAAGCAAAACAGAUACCCAGGCCAUGGAGGUCCUGUUCAGGUUCUGGUCGUGAAAUUGUAUAAAUUUUACCUAAGUAUAGUAGUGGGCGGAAAAAAAGGAACGAAAUUCGUGAAUGAAGAAACAGCAAAAGGUUGAAAAAAACAUCAGCACGUAAAGGAAGGUUUGAAAAAGAAAACAAAAAGGCAAAAACAUACAAAAACAAAAACGGAAAAAAAAAGAAACAAAUAACGUAGUAGAAAAAAGCAAACAAACAAACAAAACAGUGAAAAUGAUGUGAAGAAAAAAAAAGACGAUUCUGGAGGGCGGAGAAUAAUACACAAACACCGUAAUAAUAACAUCAACUGAACCAGGAGUGAAAGACGUGGUAGGAGAAGGAGAAGGAGAAGGAGAACGAAAGCAGCGGCGGCGAAUGCUGACAGCGGGAGAGGAGAGGUGCGGCAAUAUUAUUACGAUUAUUCAUUAUUAUUAUUAUUCAUAAAACUAAUGAGGAAAAUAAACAUAAAAAAUAAUAAAAAAA